AUGGGUGCUCAAGAAUCUCAUCUGGGUUCAGCCUCCGGUCUGAAUGUCACAGCUCUCAAAGCCUACCAUGUUCUCCGAGUCGCCGAAUCUUCUCCUGCCGCCGAGGCGGGUAUUGAGCCAUUUUUCGACUAUAUCGUUGGGAUCGGUGGUCAACAAGUGACUGAGGAUGGAGAGAAAUUGGCGAAUUGGCUCGAUGAAGCCGAAGGAAAACCAAUCAUUCUACAAGUCUACAACUCAAAGAAACAAGAGGUUCGAAGCGUUCGAACACUACCCAACCGAAAAUGGUCAUCAAAUGAUCACGUGGCAUCUAACGAUCAACAACUGCAGCCAUCCCUGUUGGGGCUUUCAUUGAGGCUAUGCAGUCCUCAGAACGCUCUAGCAAACGUUUGGCACGUGUUAGAUAUCAUUGAAGGCUCUCCUGCUCAGGAUGCUGGUCUUGUGCCAUUCGGAGACUGGAUAAUCGGAUAUGCUGGUGGCAUCCUAAGAGGCGAAAAUGAGCUCUAUGAAGUCGUCGAAGAGCAUGAGGGCAGGCCGUUGCGAUUGUUUGUCUACAACGCUGAUUACGAAGUAACUAGGGAAGUGGUUAUUGUGCCGAAUCGUUCUUGGGGAUCAGGGGAAGGAUUACUGGGUUGCUCAAUUGGAUUCGGAUUGCUACACCGAAUCCCGAAGACUUCGACUCAUACGACUGCCCCUUCAUUUCUACUACCGCCUGGAGGAGCAAAUUCACCAGAGAACCUAGACCUCGAUGACGAUGAAGACCUGAAGUUAUUGAAACAGAUGGAAUUCAACCAGGUCCAGGAGAACGCAACGAUCUCUCAAGAUACCCUUCUAAACCACAAACUUCGUUCACAUUCCCUUGAGUCGACUAUUAAGGAAGAAGAAGAAAGUUAA